UAGAGAACAACUUUAGCAGAUUCUCAUAAUUGAAAAUCAAUAAAUAUUUGUCACAAUAGAUAUAUCGGUUACAAUAUUUGUUUGAUUGUUAUAUAAUCAGCAAUUCGGUGUUUCUUCAUUUUAUAUAAUUAUUUUUUAUUAAAUUUGGUAAAAAUGAAAGUAGCCGUUAUCGGAGCAGGAACCGCGGGUUUGUGUUCCGCACAUCGUUUGCUCGAACAAGGAUUGUCAUGUGUUGUGUUCGAAAGGGGCUCCGAGUUAGGAGGAACUUGGAUUUACACUGACGACACUGGCCUGGAUGAAUAUGGACUUCCUAUACACACGAGCAUGUAUAAAAGUCUUAGAACAAAUCUGCCGAAGGAAGCAAUGGGUUUUCCUGACUUCCCUAUACCAGCCCAAAAGGCAUCUUACAUUCCAGCUAGAGAUAUUUUGAAUUUUUUGAACUUAUACGCCGAUCAUUUCAAAUUAAGAGAACAUAUAAAGUUUAACCAUUAUGUAGAGUUGAUCAAACCAACAAAAGACGAUAAAUGGGAAAUUAAAGCAAAAGAUCUUACUACUAAAAAAACGGUUAUAGAAAUAUUUGAUGCAGUGAUGGUUUGUAAUGGACAUUAUCAUGCUCCAUUUAUACCACAGAUUCAUAAUAAAGAUAUUUUCAAGGGUCCACAAAUUCACAGUCACGAUUAUCGCAAACCUGACCCAUACACAAACGCACGUGUUUUAGUUCUCGGGGCAGGCCCAUCUGGAAUGGACAUUGCACUAGAAGUAGCCUCAGUAGCUAAGCAUGUCACACUAAGUCAUCGUAUGAAACGUGUUCCAAGAACUGUUUUUCCCAAAAAUAUGACCAUGGUGGUAAAAGAAGUUACUGAAAUACUUGAAGAUGGUGCCAAGUUUGAAGAUGGUUCAAUAGAGAAAUUCGACAUUAUUUUAUAUUGCACGGGAUAUCUAUAUAGUUUUCCGUUCCUUAGUCCUGAGUGUGGAAUUACCGUAUCUGAAAAUUAUGUCCAGCCAUUAUAUAAACAUUUAGUUAAUAUCGAACGUCCAACUAUGGCACUAAUAGGCAUUCCUUUUUACGUUUGUGCAGCUCAAAUGUUUGAUUUGCAGAUUCGGUUUGUAGUUGAGUAUUUGUGUGGCAAAUUUCAAUUGCCGUCUAAAGAAGAAAUGAGAGCGGAUACUGAACGCGACAUGCAAAAACGAUGGGCACGUGGGGAUAGCAAAAGGAAAGCCCAUAUUAUGGGCCCAGAUCAGGAGGCCUAUUACAAUGACUUAGCAACUACUGCUGGUAUCACUCCAAUUUCACCAGUUAUGACUAAAAUGCACAAUGAUAGUAGCGAAAGAUUUCUUGAUGAGUUGGACAAAUUCAGGGAUGAUGUUUAUAAGAUAGUCGAUGAAGAAAACUUUGAAUGUGAAUAUAAAUAUAUAUGAAAAACUAUAGUAAUAUUGCAUGAUUUAUCACGUGUCUAUUAAAUAAAGUUGUAUGCAAUAAAUAAAGUAUGUCUGACCUUAUGCA